AUGCCUACUUCACGAUAUUCAAUCGUCAUCCCUAUCAUUUUUAUCCUGAUGAUGAAUUAUCCAUUAUAUGCCAAUGGUACUAAAGAUUAUGUAUCACAAGCUAGUAGUCCUACACUUAGUGGUGGUCAAAUAGCGGGUAUUGUGAUUGGAUUGAUCGCCCUAUGUUGUUUACUUGGAUGCAUAGGAGCCGCCUGUAAUGGUAAGAAAAAAGUGGAGCCACAGCCACCUCCAACACAGAAAUAUGCAGUGGCUGUUGUGCGCAUAGAAUAA